AUGACCACUCCAUCCGCUACUCUAGACCUCAAUGGCCAACUGGAGAACGCCAUAUGUCUAGAAAUCAAGGAGUUUGAGAAUCAUACUUCGCCGUCAUCCAGUUCGAUUCAGAAGGAACAAAAUCCAUCCCAAACUGAAGAGGAACCAGCGGAGGAAACUGCUCCUAAGAGGACAGUCACUGGUAUUCGCUGGUUCCUCGUGUGCGUGGCUAUCUUCUCAGCAAAUAUUCUCUAUGGACUGGACACGACUAUUGCAGCGGAUAUACAAGCGGCAGUUUCAGAGACCUUUGACAAUGUGACCCUGCUUGGAUGGUUGGGAGUUGGGUUUACCCUCGGUUCAACUGUGGCUAUUUUGCCCCUGGGAAAGGCAUUCGGGACCUUUGAUCCGAAAUGGGUGUUCCUAGGAUGCUUGAUCAUGUUUGCUGCGGGCAGUGCCCUAUGCGGAGGAGCCCCGUCGAUGAAUGCAAUCAUCGUUGGAAGGGUUUGGGCUGGUAUUGGAGGAGCCGGGAUGUACUUGGGGACCUUGAAUCUCGUGAAAAUCUUGAGUACGCCUAAGGAACAACCGUUGUAUGUGGGAAUUACCGGGUUUGUGUACGGUAGUGGAUGCAUUCUAGGGCCCAUUGUGGGAGGGUUAUUUGCGGAUAGCUCAGCUACCUGGAGAUGGGCAUUUUAUUUGAAUCUUCUGGGCAUUGUUCUGACUGCGGGUGUCUACGUAACGUUUACGGUGGCUUUCACAUUUGGUGGCUCGAUCUGGACUUGGAGUGAUGGGCGCAUUAUUGCUCUGAUUGUGGUAUUUGGAAUUCUCACUAUCAUUUUCUGCGUGGCGCAGCGGUACUGUGUCUUUACCAACACUACAGAUCGGAUCUUCCCAUGCGAAUUUUUGCUGAACCCUCAACUAGUUUUACUUUAUGUGUGUAUGGCCUGCGGAGGUGCUGCGCUUUUUGUCUCGGUCUACUACAUUCCUCUAUUCUUUUUAUUUGUGUAUGGAGACAGCGGUAUCCAUGCAGCAAUCCGUCUACUUCCAUUCAUCUGCUUUUACGUAACGACCACGCUCACCUGUGGUGCCUUGAUGAAGCGUACGGGCUACCAUAGUAUCUGGUAUCUCCUGAGUGGCAUAUUCAUGACGUGCGGUGCGGUUACCAUGUACACAGUCCAAUACAGCACUCCUGUUGCCCACAUCUACGGCUUUUCUAUCCUGAUGGGGCUGGGUAUGACAACCACUCAGGCCAGCUAUGCAGUCGGUCCGCUCCUGGUAAAACCAGAAAGGGUAGUGGAGGUGAUCCAGUACCUGAAUAUAUCACAAGGAUCGAGCCAAUUAAUUGGAUUGGCGAUUGCCAGUGGCAUUUUCCAGAGCCUUGGCUUCACGCGACUCAAAAACGUGUUGACCGACACGCACUAUUCGGACAGCCAGAUCCAGGCAGCCAUUGCCGGGGCGCGUAGUGAGUUGUUACAAACUGUGAAUCCGGAGCUGAGAGCGCAGUGUGUCGAUGCGAUUGUCAAGACAAUUGAUGACGUGUGGGCCACGAUCAUUGCGGCUGGGGCGUUGUGGACGGUCUGCUCGCUGUUUUUAACGCGCAAGAGAUUUCUAGAUUGA